UAAAAUAUGUGUGUGUGUGGCAGAUCUAUAUUUAGGUUACAGUUUCAUUCUUGUGCGCAUGUUCUUUUAGAGAAAAAGACAAAUUCCACAAACUCCGACGAAGACGAAACACAGACACAGUGAGGUUUUGUUUUGUGCUCUCUCUCUCUCUCUCUCUCUCUCUCUCUCUCUCUCUCUCACACACACACACACACCCACACAAAGUGAUCAUGUGUGAACUUGAACGUGAGGACAGGAAAUAAGGCGCGCUCUUGGCACCGCGCGCACUAACAGGGAAGUGAGACUAACCUACUUUCUGCUGCUGCUUUUCAAACUUCUGUGAAAUCUGCCCCGCGUUUAAAACAUAAAUACACGCCGACUCGGUGAAAAAUCGCGGAGGAUUGUCCGUCUUCCGAGGACAAGGUGGUCAACUUUACAGCGUGCAUGGAUGUUGAGUAGGACACUCGGAGUUCUCACUGUAGACAGUAGAAAACGAGGAAGAGACAGCCGACCACAACACACAAUAUCAAUGUUUCUGAAAGCAACAGUGAACUGAAGACCUGUUUGACCAUGACUCAGUGGCAGCACAUGUCCCAGAUGAUCCACUGCCUGUCGGAUGAGACCAUCAACAAUCUCUAUCCCCCGCAGGCCUUCCCCAUCGAAGUCAGACAUUUUUUAGCUGAAUGGCUGGAGAACCAAAGAUGGGAGGACUUUGCGCUGGAAAAGGUGGAGCGAGUAAGCCAGGCUAAAGCUCUGUUGGACCAGAUUAUCAGCAUGCUGCAGUCGAUUUCUCAGCAGAAUAGCAACGUGGUGGUCAGGAUGAAGCUGAAGCAGAUUAGCAGGACAUUUACUGGGUUCCAACAGCGGCCUCUACAGUUUGCAGUGCUGGUCAGGGACAUCCUCUCGAGGGAGAGGGUUCUUCUCAACACACCAACUCAGGGCCCCAGUCCUCAGCAGUACCCACCACCAUAUGAAAGCAGAGAGUCCUCAUUCCCCAACACGCAGGACGUAGACCACCUGGUCCUGAAGGUGCUGGAGGUCCAGGAAAUCCGACAAAAGAUGCACCAAAUGCAAGAAGAGCUCAACUGGGAGAGACAGAACUAUGAGAGUCUACCAGGGACAAUUCAACAGAACGGAAUGGAUCCGGCACAAUCUGAAAUCCAUAAACUCCAAACCAACAUCCAGCAGCUGGAAUACAAUGUGAAAACAAUGGCCACGAAGCGUUUCCAGCUGCUGCAGGAGUGUGUGGACUGUCUGGACCAGUGUCAGGUACGACUGAUCAGCAGACUGAAAGCAUGGCAGUGGGAGCAGCACAAGGCCACCAUCGGACAUCCUUUUGAUGAAAACCUCACCCCCCUGCAGACUUGGUGUGAGCAGUUACUUGCAGUGAACGGUAAGUUGAGACAGGAAUUGAUGCUGAUUGUGGAACCGAUCCCAGAGCUCCAGGAAAGGCUGGGGAAACUUCAGCAGGUUCUGAUUCAAAGCUCUGUUGUCGUGGAGAAGCAGCCUCCACAGGUCAUUAAGACUCAGUCAAAGUUCUCCACCACUGUGCGAUAUCUGCUGGGGGAGAAAAUUGCUCCAGGGAAACCUGUGGUACUGAAGGCACAGAUCAUUAAUGAACUGCAGGCCAGGAAUCUGGGCAGUGUACCUGGUGAAAAUGUCGGGGAACUGAUCAACAAUACGGCCGUCCUCGAACACAACACAACCAGCAAGAGCACAUGUGCUACCUUCAGGAAUAUGUCCAUUAAGAAGAUUAAGAGGGCUGAUAGGAAAGGAUCAGAGUCUGUGACAGAGGAGAAGUUUGCAUUCCUGUUCUCCGCAGAAAUCACCAUCACUGGCUGUGACACUCCCUACAGGAUACAGACUUUUUCACUGCCGGUGGUUGUGAUUGUCCAUGGAAGUCAGGACAACAACGCUCUGGCCACUAUCAUAUGGGACUGUGCUUUUUCAGAACCAGACAGAGUUCCGUUUAUAGUGCCCGAGCGUGUUCCCUGGAGGAUGAUGUACAGCACGCUCAACAGCAAAUUCACGUCUGAGGUGCAGACACAGCACAACCUGGACCACUUCAACCAACACUUCCUGGCCCAGAAGAUAUUUGACAAGUCUGACUUUGUCGACGACUUCAGCAACAUGAUGGUUUCCUGGGCCCAGUUCAAUAAGGAGGUUCUGCCAAGUCGAUCAUUCACCUUUUGGCAGUGGUUUGAAGGAGCAAUGGACCUGACCAAGAAGCACCUGAAAACCUACUGGAGUGAAGGGCUGAUAUUUGGCUUCAUUGGGAAGCAGCAUCUACACCUGAUUCUCCAAGACAGGCCCAAUGGGACAUUCUUACUUCGCUUUAGUGACUCUGAGAUUGGAGCCAUCACCAUUGCAUAUGUUUCUGCUUCUGAGAAUGGGGGCCAGAAAAUUCAGAACAUUCAGCCAUUCACCAAGAGAGAUCUUGAGAUCCUUAGCCUCGGUGAUCGCAUCCGUGACAUCAAUCACAUAACGUACCUGUAUCCUGAAAGUCCCAAACAUGAAGUCUUCAAAAAGUUCUACUCAGAGCCUCAAAUGUCACCCAGUGGGGGUUAUAUUCCUGUGUCAUUGCAUACUAAAGUGGGCACGGAUCCUGGCUCAGCCACCGCUGCACCUCCCCUUGUGACGCCUGAUAACCCCUGCAGUUCCACAUUCCCUGUGAAUCAGUUCCGUCAGCCGUACAGUCCGGCAGACUCUAUUACUCCAUUAGAAGGGAUGGAUACCACAGCUAAUCCUGAAGAGUUCAGCACUUCUCCUGUUGGUUUUCCAGAACACAUUCCCACAGGAGACAAUAUGGACCUAGAGUUAGAAACUAUUCUCCAGACCCUGAAUAAUUAAGAAGACUUCCCAUCAACGCUGUUUUGGGAGUGCAGAUGUCAAACAGAGACCAGAGUCAAACUCAUCUGUCUCAAUAUCAAGACAGCCAUUCAUUUCAUUUUCCAUCUUCAGCUUCAUUUGGCUUUGAGUGAGAACUUUUUGGAGACAAUUGUGGGACUCUCUGGGAAGAAGGAAAUCAAUUUACAGCAAAGAACUGAGAGCAAACCAGGUGAAAAAGUUCUGUCAUUGCUGUUUGUCAGCCUUUGUUGCACUCUGUUUUUUUUUUUUUUUACUGAUACCCUGAUGGCAAUGUUGUUUAUGUCUUUGUAAAUGUUGCUUGCUUUUCACAAAAUAGGUGAAAUUCUGUACAGAUUAGUGCUUUUCCGACAAUGACCAAUUGUACGUGAUGACUAACAGUGAGGUUCAUUGAAAGGAAAAAGCACAUCACCACAGCUGAGAGUGAGCCAGAUUAUUUUUGAUUUUGUUGUCACAUAUUUUGUUCAUUUGCCGUUUUUCACUGUAUAUAAAGCUUUGGUAAGUAUCUGUUAUUGUAUGUCACAGUAAUAAACAGUAUGCAUGCUUUAUAUUAGUAACUCGAAUAUGGGUCAGUUGGGUCAGUGUAUGAGACGUACCUUUGGUCUUGUGUCUUAAUGUAAACCAAAAUCACACUUUCCCCUAAACUAAGUUCAUGCUUUAAAGGUUUGCACUACCUACCAUCACUGUCAGUUAUGGGCAUGUCAUUAUUGAACUAUAUAACACAUACACUACUGUGCAAAAGUCUCAGGGCAUCACCGGUUUUGUUGUCUUUAUGUCUGUCUGUCAUUUGGAUAAGAAUGAUGUGAAGUUGGUCUUAUAUAUUAACAAGCUGUUAUGUCAUGAUCAAGCAUGUCUUGUAUAAACCUGGCACAUCAGUUUUUCACAGCAGAUGAAAUAGUAGGAUAAACACAGGUUUUGCCUGUAGCAUUAAUUAGGGUUCCCUUCCAUAUUCAAGAGUGUCAGGGUCAUGCUGUCGUUCCAGUCUAAGGACAGGUCAUAAUAAAUACUUUUUAACCUUUAGAAGCUGUUUUUUUCCCUGAAAGUUUUCUUAUUUUAAAAACUGCAUACAUCACUCACUCACUCACUCUUCUCCUACCACUUUAUCCUCCACAUGAGGGUCUCGGAGGCGCUCGUGCCAAUCCCAGCUGACAUAGGGCGAAAGGACAGGUUGCCAUUUCAUCACAGGGCCUCAUAGAGACAAACAUCCACUCUCACAUUCACACCGACGGCCAAUUUAGAGUGUCCAUCUGCAUGUUUUUAGACUGUGGGAGGAAACCGGAGAACCCGUAGAAAGCCCACGCAGACACAGCAAAGGCCAAACUGUUUACGUGUUUCCCAUAUUUUCUGUAUGUGUUCCAAUAAAGUCAUUGAGAAAUAUGCUCAUUAUAGCGUCGCUAAACAACAAAUGUAAUGGUGACCUAAGACUUUUGCACAGUGCCGUCAUGUGUUGGACGUUACACAUGCUCUUUAACUCUGAUGAUGCUCUCAAGUGUCGAUUAUCUCUGUGGUAAAUCAACACAAGGCUACUAUUACAGAUCUUGGGCAAUCUUUUGGUGGCAGUUUUUUGAAACACAGUAGAAUAUCCUACAAUCAGUUGCAGAUAUAUGAAUUGCAGCCUUUACACAGAAAUAACUUAUAACGUUUGAGUGCCAAAUGAUUAUGUACUGCAAGUUCUCAGAAAUGUGCUUACAACUUCUUUGAUAUAUACAGUUGUAAAUCUCAUCAAACAUCUGUUUGAGUCCCUUCUUUUUCGACUAUGAAUCCGAAAGAAAAGCAGACAAAGGGUGAUUGAAAACAUGAGCAUUUUUGAAUUUUUUGUAACAUAUAAAAAUAAUAAAUCAAUGAGCUUGAGAUUGGGAAGGCAUGCCUGGUACCAUAAAGGCUGUUCAUUGAAUUAAAACAUUUUGAUAACAUAAUUGGCAUUACUACCAUAAUCCAUUGACAUUGCCUAACUAGGAUUACAUCCCCUAUCCAUACAGUUUCAACAGUCAUGAAAUG